AUGGGGGGCAGCCUGCGGGUGGCCGUGCUGGGCGCCCCGGGCGUGGGCAAGACGGCCAUCAUCCGCCAGUUCCUGUUCGGCGACUAUCCCGAGCGCCACCGGCCCACGGACGGGCCGCACCUAUACCGGCCCGCGGUGCUGCUCGACGGCGCUGUUUACGACCUGAGCAUCCGCGACGGCGACGGCGCUGGCUCGGAUCCAAGCUCAAACGGCCCUGAGGAGGGGCCAGACCCUAAGGGCUGGAGCUUGCAGGACACGGACGCCUUCGUGCUCGUCUAUGACAUCUGCAGCCCUGACAGCUUUGACUAUGUGAAGGUGCUGCGGCAGCGCAUCGCUGAGACCAGGCCGGCAGGUGCACCCGAGGCUCCCAUUCUCGUGGUAGGCAACAAGCGGGACCGGCAGCGGCUGCGCUUCGGCCCGCGGCGAGCGCUCGCCGCCCUGGUGCGCAGGGGCUGGCGCUGCGGCUACCUCGAGUGCUCCGCCAAGUACAACUGGCACGUGCUGCGUCUUUUCCGCGAGCUGCUGCGCUGCGCUCUGGUGCGGGCUCGCCCUGCGCACCCGGCCCUGCGCCUGCAGGGGGCGCUGCACCCAGCGCGUUGCAGCCUCAUGUGACCGACUUGGACAAGGUUGCAUCCUGGCACACCCCGGGGCCCAGAUUGGACGACUGCCUCAUUUCCCUCCGAUUGGACAGGACGAGUCUCCGCCCUGCUUGGAUGAGGAAAAUUCCCACCCCAGCAUCCUGGGGCUAUAGACCUUUCAAUCUCAUCGGACCCAACCAUGCCCCAAACUCACUGGAUUUUUCUGGGACCUUAUUGGGUCGGAUAGCCCCGAUCCCACGGGAUGGAAGGACUUGGCUAUGAAUCUAACUGGAAGCUCCCAGGCUGCUCCUGGAGCUUCAGUGGACAAACUGUUCUGUCACACCCAUCACAUGGCAAUAAAGGGGCAACUGAUUCAGGUGCAUCUGGCAUUUCUGGGAUGGGCAGAGUGUGGGGGCUGGGCUUGAGCCUGGAGGUCAGAACCACUGGGCAAGUCUAGAAUCCCAACAUGUAACAAGGAACCCCAAAGCAGAACCCCUAAGAAGGAGACAGAAGCGGCUGGAG